UUUGACUCCACCCCUCGCUUCCCGUAGUAGCAGCAGCCGAAGCGAAAUUUUAUAUUGAACGGAAACCAUUUUACUUAGGCGUUUAUUUGAGCUUUUUGUGCUGUUUAGGCUUUUUCAUAAUGUCAGGAUCGUCUAACAUCGUUGCAAUGAAGAAAAUUGUACAGCAGCUGCGCUUUGAGGCAAAUAUCAACAGAGUUAAGGUCUCUCAAGCGGCAGCAGAACUUCAGCAGUUCUGCAUGCAGAACGCACUUCAAGACCCUUUGCUGACUGGAGUGUCUUCGAGCACAAACCCAUUCAGGACACAAAAGCUUUGCUCGUUUGUGUGAAACCCUACAGUGGAUCCCCGCAAUUGUCCCUUGCCCGUUCCUGUGACCUUUCUGCUGGGGGAAAAAUGAACCACUGCCAUAACCUGUAAAUUAACCAGCGACAAUACAAAGCUGUUUGACUAGAAAACCAGUAACCUUACCUCAUUAACACUGAUGUUAAAACCAAUACGGAGUCCUCCCACUGGAUUCCUCAGUUCAGGUGCAUAUGAUGUCAAAUAUGCAUAAACAAAAGUAGAAUAACCUUGUUUUUAUGCAUAUUGUCAUAAAUCUGGUUUGGACGGUCCAGUGUUCAUAGAUUUAUUAAGACCUCUAACAAGCCUGCCUUAAGUGUUUAGUAUUGUUCUAGCUUGGUGGGCAAAACACUUUUGUAUUUCAUGUGGCACAACAGUGGAACUCAAUAAUUUAUUGUGCCUUGGUGUGGAUUUUUUUUUUUUUUUUUUUUUUUUUAUAAAUAAUGCUUGUUUCUAUCCUGUUAGCCCUAGCGUUUUUGUAACAAAUAAACCACUGAUUUAUAUACAUUACUGCUUUGUUUCCCCCCCCCCCCCCCAAGUUUACUUGAGUAAUCUUUUUAAUAUAGCAAACUGUACUAUAUACGUCUACUGUAUGUAAUUGAAUAGCCGUGUUAUGUAGUAGUCAAUGGAAGAUUCAAGAAAAUGAAAGUGCUGAUUCUCAUCUCACACAAACCCAAAGUUUAUGUAAUUUUAAAUUAUCACUAAUGUUCCCUCGUUUUGCAUCGAAGUGUAAAUGUGCAUACCUAAAGUGAUGGAAAGGGUAUCUGAGGAGAAUGCAUUCUUGAUGGGAGGGGGAGUAGCUGAUGUGUUCCUUCACUAUGUUCAAGUGUCUCAUGAAUGCUUAAAAGGCCUUUUAGUUGAACAAGAUUAUAUAAAGCCUUAUUUUAAAAGGAGUACAUGUUGCCACAAAUGUUCCUAUUUAGUAUAUUGUGAACUUUCUUGUUUUUCCAGCAAAAUGCAUGAGUGCAAUCAUGUUUAAUAGAUAGUCUUAAGGAUAUAGAAAUGCCAACUCUUCCUCACCUCAGCAGGUUUUAAACUGCAUGUACCAUGUAAAUGUAAAUCUAGGACAAGUUGGUGGCAGGUGAGGCAAUGAAUGACCAUUUCAAUAAAAGGCAAUGGCACACAAAUAGA